ACCAAAAUCUUGCCGUUCUAUCUACAACUAUCUGUAGAUUGGCGUUUUUACAAGUUUGCCUGAUGAUUCAUCCGAAUUCGAUUUAUUGUUUAUUCUGGAUAAUUUCUCAUGUGAGCGCUUGUAUUCCAAUGGUCCCGCCGGAGACAACUACGACGACUACAACUACUACAACCACUACAACUACAACAUUACCGCCUGUAUGCCCUGAUGGCUGGUUCUCAUUCCAACGUACAAAUGGUUUGUGGUGCUAUAUAAUCGCAACACCUCCGGCUGAUGGCUUUGGAGCCGGGGGAGCUCAACAAUAUUGCCAGGAUAAUCAACAGGGAUCCUUCUUGAAUGGGUUUGAGACUGCUGCUGAAAGAACUCAGUUUAUAAGCGAUCUGAAUACUGUCGAUAUAGCCCCGUAUAAUUUUGUUCUCAUUGGUGCAAAGAGAGUAUGUGCAGUUGAGCCAUGUGCCACGACAGAUCCGUAUGAAUGGCAAAAUGGGGUGUCCACGAACAAUGCUCUUGCCGGUGACUUUAUGCCGUUCUACGAUGGGACCGGCGAUUGUCAAUCAAUGGAAAAAGACAUGGGUGGACGAUACAAUGAUAUUACAUGUGAUGCGACAACGGCGUACAGUUGUGGAAAAUAUGCAGCCUAAUUUGUUAAUUGAAUAAAUUAUUUAUAUUUAUUUUUCUGUUCUCACAAGUUAGAUAAAAUCAAUUUUAAUAA